AAGUUUGGAACACGGCAAUGAAUUGAGAAGACUGACCAUCUGCUGAUAUAACAAUCCAAUUGUGAAUAGAGUCGCCAUGCCUUACCCAUUCGUGUUGCCUACGACCUCGUCAUUUUCCUUUACGUCCUGUUUUAGCUGCGAGUCCCAUCCCUCGCUGCCCCUCAAUGCUAGCACCCGCCGCGGCGUUGUUCGCGAAGACCUCAAGGCCUUCAAGCGCACUCCCCGCGAACACCAAGUCGCAAAGCUCCCGACCGUCGUCUCCAGCCUCAUAGCCUACCUACCCUACCUCUUCGCCGUCGAUGCCGGCCUCAGCCAGCAGGCGAUUAACGGCGAGGAGAUCGCCGUGAUCCUCAAGACCGCGCCCGUAAUCGAAUGGCGGCCCACCUUAUCUGACAACGCCGCCGUCGCCGUCCCUGGCAAAGACCCCGCCCGCGUCAAAGUGCACUCGCUCGAAUACGAAGUCUUCUUUGUGCUCUCCUGCCUCGCCAACGCGCACACACUGCAGGCCCGCACCGCGCUGCAUCCGCUCUACGUGCUCUCCACGGCGCCCGUCGGCACCCAGCAGCGUCAAGUGGCCGUCAGCGCCGCGACCAAGAACCUGCUCGAUGCGGCUUCCAUCUACGACUACCUCGCGCUCCGGGCCGAAGGGCUCAGUAGCGGCUAUGGGAUGGCUCCGCCCUGUGCCGACAUCUCGCCCGCAGCGUUGCGAGCGCAGUGCUCGCUCGCUAUGGCUGAGGCCACCCUCCUGGCCGUACUCAAGGAUGAUCCGUACCCGGCUGUGGUGGCGCAAGAUCGGAACAAGAAUGAUACCGAGUGGAUGUACAAGGCGCCAGAUAUCCCCAAGGUCAGGGCCCAUCUGUUUGCAAGGCUGUGUCUGGCGGCUAGCGAACACGCUGCGCAGGCGUACUCGCUGUGUGCGGGGCUGGCGCGAGCGGAGGGCGGAGCCAAGGUAACCGAGAGCUUUCUGAAGUAUCUAGAUAACUUGCGACGUACAAGUAGAGCGAAGGUGUGUCGGUUCUUUGGCAUUGACUCGGAGCUGGGUGGGCAAACUGGGACGGCGAUUGCUUGGUUGAAUGCGGGACUUCAGGAGCUAGGAGUUGAGAGGAACCCCUCGGAAGGUGGCAGUAAGAAGAGCGGAGGUUUUGGCAGGUUGAAAGAAAAGUGGACAGAGAAGAGGGAGGACAAAAAGGUGGAAAGAGGGCUAGACUGGGGAGCAGAUGCUGGACGACUUGAGGAGACAAGAGUAUAUGAAAUGCUGUGGGAGAAAUGGUCAAAGCAAAAUGACACGAUAAUGACCCAGGUCGUCCCUCCAUCGGGGCCAUUACUCCAACAGAUGCCCAUGGGUAGAGAGAUUCACACUCUCAAGCCCUUUCAGCCGCCACAACUAGAUGCUCCAACACUGGAGGCUAUGCGCGCACCGCCAGAGAGGUCAGACGAUGCUGCUCUUUAUCCUAGCUCGGACGAGGACGAUACGACGAUAGGCGCCACAAUAGGGGCAUUUCCAGGUACGCAGGAGCAUUAUAGGACAGGCACCCCCAACUACUUUUAA